AUGCAACCAACUACUCAAGCUACAAGAAAAGAUAACUCCUCUGAAAACAAAGAUAAUUAUAUUGUUCCUGGUUUGUUUUGGGAUCCAGCAUGUAUUAUCGUUUAA